AACCGACCUGUCAAAAAACCAAAAAGGAAAAAAAAAACUCAAAAGGCGGCAUUUCCACAAAACGAGAUGCUGUAAAAUAAAUCUUCUUUUAGAAUUUUUAAAUUUCAUAACUAACACCAAAAUGAAUUGUUCUCAAAAACUAUGUUCCCCCUCAAAACGCAAUCGAAUCGUCGAAAAAAGUCUUGAUCUGCAGUUGGAAGCAAAACACGCCAAAGAAUACCUCAUCUGGGGCUCGAUUAACAUUCUUCUUCUAGCCAUUCUAUUGUUUGACAUUGCCAAUAAAUGUCCCUUCGCUGUUUCGAAAUGGUAUUAUGUGGAAUACGCAGCGGCUGGGAUUUUGGCCGUGUCUGUUUUGUGUAAUUUUUCAAAAUACCUUUUCUACAUCUUGAGCAAGGAACCAGUUCAAGGCACAAGAGCACAAAGACAUCUUUUGGGAUUCGAUGAUAAUGAUACCUCAUUUGUGACUGCCUCGAAAGUGAAAUCCCCCAAGCUUGACACCAGUUCGGCUCCCUUAAACUCAACAAUACUCAGUUGGCAUUCAUCAUUCAAUGAUUCUGCUCGUUCCCCUAAUUGGAGCUACAGCCGCACAACUCCACCAAGAACAAGUCUCAGUCCAGGACAGAAUGUCUCAUGGAAUACUUCUAUGCAGAAUAACUCCUCUCUGAAUGCGAGCACACUCAGCAGCAACACUUCCUUUAUGUCUCCCUACACAAAAUAUGCCCGCGACGAGAUCAUAACCGACGAAAAAGGUCUCCAACAUUAUUUAAGGGAGGUUUCUAAACAAAAAGAAUUCACAAUGACUGAACAACAUGAGGUCAGCAGCUCCUUCCAUCCAGGGUCGAUGAAUUCCUUCUGGAAUUAUUGCAACACAGCUGCAAAUCUACUCAAAACCUCACUCUAUCAAUUGGCACCUUCAAAUACUCCAUCGUCUCAGAACAAACAAUCCAACAAAGAAGAAGGUGUUAGCGACAUGGAUGGAAAUUCGGAUCUCAUUAAGAAGAUUUCCUCCGAGAAACUCUCACAAUAUGUCGCCAAUUUGAGAAGGUGGAUGUCAAUUACAAUCCUCCAACGUCUCGAAAAUGAAAUCAAGAAAAUCGACAGUGCUUUUAAGAUGCGCGGAUUCUCUGACAUGCAAAUUGGUUGUGUCGGUCUGGAACGCCUUAAGAAAACAGUUGACAAUCAACAAUUUGUUACUCACUAUGUCCCCAUGCUCCCUCUCAUUGUUCCCUUUCUCGAGAUAUCAACAAAUCAGGAGUACGUCGUUCAAAGAAUUAAAGAUCUCGCUAAAGGAACGUGUGUUGCAGAUUAUCGCUGGAAUUGUGGCUCAUCAAAUCAGGGCCAACGAUGGGAUGAACAUUUACCCACAGACGCUGCUAUUCUCUUCCAUUUGUUUUGCACUUAUUUGGACAGCCAACUCAUGCCUCUGCCCCAACCGGGUGGUCGGUCCUUUUUCAAUCGCUACGUCAUCAUCGGCGAUAAGAAAACCGUCAAGGACACAGUCGCCAAUGUGACCAACAAAUCACGAUGUGCAAUUCUCUGCACGAAUCUUCUCAAUCCCAAAUUUAACUUCAUCAGCGACAAAGAGAUCCACAAUUGUGUCUACGAUCGGAACAAUCUGUUUUAUGUCAUCAUACAAUUUUUGAUCUACAUGAAACAGAAUAACGAAGGUCUAUUGGAGGGCGUGAAUUUGGGAAAGAGUGGCAUAAAUAUUAUGUGUGUAAUUGAAGACUGAGUAUAAAUGGUAUAAGAAGCAUGACGAAGACGAUGACAAAAGAAGUACGAAUAAGUCUAGCUCUAGAUUGUUAGUUAUUUAUGUGUAACAACUUUUUUUUUGAUUUAAAUAAAUUAAUUUAA